AUGAAAUUAGCUAAAUUAUUCUAUUUCGUUGCCUUCCUUAUAACUAUUAAAGUGUUUGUUCCAGGAAUUAACAAUGACGUAUGUGUUGAAGCAAAAAGUGCAGGAUCUGAUGCCAAAUCAUUAAAAAAAUUAGAUAAUGAUUUUAUGAGAAAAAAAAGAAAUAAAAGAAUUAUGAUCAUAUCAUCAAUUGCUACUAGUUUAGCUCUAAUUCUUGGUGGAGCUUUAGGAGGAUAUACAUAUUAUCUUGAGAAAAAAAACAAAUCACCAAAUACAAAGGUUCCACAAACUCCACAAACUCCACAAACUCCACAAACCCCACAAGCUCCACAUACUCCAUCAGCCCCUACUACCAGCAGACCCAUUGGUAAAGGAGAAACAAGAAACCUAAGUCGAUCACAAGAAGAUAUUUCUAGUUCUUCAUCCUCUGCAAGCCACAAAACUUAUGCUCAUUAA